CAAUCUGCUAGCGUGGACUUACGGAUAACUUUGCGUUAUAUUCGUCUUGCAAGGUCCAUCAUUGUCGUUACGGCCGGGAGACACUGCGGAUCCAAUUCGUCACCUCCCUGCUAUGCUCGCUGAGCUCAUGGUCAUGGAACGCUUGCCUGGAGAUCCGCUUUUUCUUAUCUGUGAAUGAUAUGCGAACCCCAAAUUUACGAUGAAAGUGCCCCAUAGAACGUUCGCGUUGCCUGCCUGCGAACAGUGCGGAGACAAAGGCCAUGAGGCUAGAACAGAUAUUAGUGUGUGCGUCAUUGGCCACCAGCCGCAUUAUCAAUACCAUACCAACUGCCUAGGCCGAGCCUUGACUCAAACAUGAGGCUCCAAACUGUUGAAAGCUCUCAACCGCGUCCUUCUCUCAUUACUUCUUUCUGGUCACAGCGGAGUAUUAGCUAGAAAUAUCGAUUAUGUCCCCGACUGAGACUUUUCGUGUCCUCCGAAGGGAAACAGACUCCACAGACACAGGAGACGAGGUAUCUGUGCCGACAGUGAGAAAGUCUCCAGAAGCAGCGCUAAUAGGAGGACUUGUGGCUGGAUUUGCCUCCAUCGCGAUGCUCGUUCUCAUCUUCUACGUCCUCUGGCGUACACGCAAGCGUACGCCCUACCUCAGUGCGCAACCAGAGAAAAUCAUUCCCAUUCGCGACGAAAGCCAGUUGUCGACGAGAAGUGGUUAUCCUGGUACGCCUGUUAGUGUCGAGACGGAUGGCGCAGAGAAAGAUAGUGGGCCUAGGGCAAGUAGAACGAGCUCAAGGUCACUGCUGGGACCGCAGGAGGCGCGUUCUGUUCAUGACCCAGCUACUUAACGUCACGCGUGUGGAUUACUUGCUUGAAUUGUCACUUAGAGCUAUUUAUUUGUUUAGUCUUUGUGUCUUUUUGUGCAUUGUGAAUAGAUUUUG